GCUGCUCGAUACAUCAAGACAACCAAUGGUAGGAAUUCCAACACACCUAUGGUUGCUGUUAGCGCCUAUAACGUUGCAGACACUAACGAUAACAGCUUAUUCACCGCCUCGCUCACUAAAUCCGUGCAGAGGGCUGAUCUUCUGGCCGUCAUGCGGAGACUUGGAUUCAAGACCUCGGCUGUAUGA